GGGCGCGCGCGGCUCUCCCGCGGCUUGCGGGGCGACAUUUGGAACUAGAAUAAUCCGCGGAGCGAGCGGACCGAGCAGCCCGUCCCCCCCGGAGGGGAGGUUUCCGCCAGCUACGUCGCGGCAUCACUUUCUUGUACUCCUAACGCAGGAACGUUUUGGGGGGUUGGUUUGUUUGUUUGGGGGGGGGGGUUACGCCCCCGCUGCCCGGUUUUUGUUUUUGUUGGAGGUCGAGAGUGGCCGUUCUCGACCGCGUUCUCCCGCACCAUCCCCACUAGUUCAGCGGCGGGUCCUAGUUCGCGGUAGAGCGGAGGGAUAUGCGCUCCGCCUCUCCGGGCUGCUUGUCUCCGGGAGCAGUCAAUGGCACGGGACAGCGAGGGGGACGGCAGAGCGGCGGAAGACCGGGCAGAGGGAAGGCUCCGCGGGACGAGGAGCCCGGCCGGCGAGAGAGAAAGGAAGAAGGGGGAAUGACUGAAAAGCCUCGCGUCCACUCUCACGGGAAGCCCAUGGAGUGAAGCUCAUUUGCUGCACUGGUGAGAGCCAAACCAGGGGAGGAGAAGCUGGGAAUCAUUGGGUUCCUUUUGCUAUAGUUGUGCCGAUUGACUUGCAUUUGUGAAAGCUGCUCUCCGGCCACUGUUACGGACUAGUCCCCCUCCCCGCUCCUCCCCUUCCAUAGUAGUGACCCAGGUCCAGCCAGCUUGCUGCAGGGCCCUUCCUGAGCAGCAGCAGCUGCGUCCUGCUUGCUGCCUCUCCUCCCUCCCUUGGCUUCCUGUCCUUGGUCACACAAGGCUAUAGCCUCCUCUUCACUACCACACCCCUCAUCUUCACCGAACUCUCCUCUACACACAGGCGUACAAAGACACUCACGCUCUCAAGAAUCCCCUGCGCACAGUUGAACACACUCUGACACCGAGACACUAUAAAGGCAACUUGCUGUAGCUGAAGUUCAUCAGCUUGGGACUAAAUACCUAGUGUUCUCCUUGGAUAGAUUGGUCUGUCCUGGUUCAGCAAGUCACUACAUUAAGUUCCUCACUAUCCCUACACUACAACCUCCAGCAUGACUUCUAUGUCCAGUCUCUUCUCUUUCACAAGUCCGGCGGUCAAACGCCUCCUCGGCUGGAAACAAGGCGAUGAGGAAGAGAAGUGGGCCGAGAAGGCGGUGGACGCACUGGUGAAGAAGCUCAAGAAGAAGAAAGGUGCCAUGGAGGACCUGGAGAAGGCCCUGAGCAGCCCCGGGCAGCCCAGCAAGUGUGUGACCAUCCCAAGGUCUCUGGAUGGCCGGUUGCAGGUGUCCCACAGGAAAGGCCUGCCCCACGUGAUCUACUGCCGUGUGUGGCGCUGGCCCGACCUGCAAUCCCACCAUGAGCUCAAGCCCUUGGAGGUGUGUGAAUACCCAUUUGGCUCCAAACAGAAGGAGGUCUGCAUCAACCCCUAUCACUACAAGCGAGUGGAGAGUCCCGUGCUUCCUCCCGUCUUGGUGCCACGUCACAGCGAGUUCAACCCCCAGCACAGCCUGCUGGUGCAAUUCCGCAACCUCACCCACAACGAGCCGCACAUGCCCCUCAAUGCCACCUUCCCCGAGUCCUUCCAGCAGCCGCACAGUGGGGGCAGCAGUGGUGGAGGAGGAGGAGGAGGCUCCUUCCCCAUCUCUCCCAACUCCCCUUACCCGCCUUCCCCAGCUAGCAGUGGCACCUACCCCAACUCUCCUGCCAGCUCGGGGCCCUCCAGUCCAUUCCAGCUCCCAGCUGACACCCCGCCCCCGGCCUACAUGCCCCCUGAUGAGCAGCUAGGCCAGGAGAGCCAGUCCAUGGAGACCAGCAGCAGCAGCCUGGUGCCUCAGAACAUGCCUAGGGGAGAUGUGCAGCCGGUGGAGUACGAAGAGCCCAGCCACUGGUGCUCCAUUGUCUACUAUGAACUCAACAAUCGCGUGGGUGAGGCCUACCAUGCUUCGUCAACCAGUGUGCUUGUGGAUGGCUUUACAGACCCCUCCAACAACAAGAACCGCUUCUGCCUCGGCCUGCUGUCCAACGUCAACCGCAACUCCACCAUCGAGAACACCCGCCGACAUAUUGGCAAAGGGGUGCACCUGUACUACGUGGGCGGAGAAGUGUACGCCGAGUGUCUCAGCGACACCAGCAUCUUUGUUCAGAGCCGCAACUGUAAUUACCACCACGGCUUCCAUCCCACCACUGUCUGCAAGAUCCCCAGCGGCUGUAGCCUCAAGAUUUUCAACAACCAGGAGUUCGCCCAGCUCCUGGCCCAGUCAGUAAACCACGGCUUCGAGGCGGUUUACGAGCUCACCAAGAUGUGCACUAUCAGGAUGAGCUUUGUCAAAGGCUGGGGAGCUGAAUAUCACCGGCAGGAUGUCACUAGCACCCCCUGUUGGAUAGAGGUUCACCUGCACGGACCCCUUCAGUGGCUGGACAAGGUGCUGACACAAAUGGGCUCGCCUCUCAAUCCCAUCUCGUCUGUCUCCUAAUGACGAUCCCCGGGGUCGAUCUGGAGGUCUUCUUGAAUUUUUUUUUUUUAACAGUUACUUUUUGUGUUCUUUUUGUUUCCCCUUGGUGAUUUAUAAUUUAAGGUGGUCUUAACGGCUGAACUGUUUACACUUAACCGUAGGAAGGGUUGUUGAACUCCGCCUUAAGAAACAGCGGCAAGCCAGAAUCUGGUUGUUGUUACAGAGUAAUGUUACCGGCGUACACGUCGGUGGGGCGGGAAUAACCCCGAAGUAGCGGCGAGGAAAUGGACGCACUACCGCUCGACGACACCACCACCAUCUGCAUCUAAUGAGGGCAUGAAUGUUCAGCAUGGACCUGAUGAAAGUUCUUCUUUUUUUUUUAACUUUCCUUUUCGUCGUUUUCUCAAAUGAUUUUAUCUACGUAUGUGUAGUUUUUGAACAAGUCGUUAAUCACUAUUCUGCCUUACUUCAGUCAGGAAACUCGGAGUCGUACUGAACACUUUUUUUUUUCUUACAUCCUUGUCUAAAACUUCAGAUAUUUACAGCUAAGAUAUAGCUACGAUCAUUGUUUACUUCUAGGCUCAGAUAUUAUCGAUUGCUUCCCUUUUUUUAUAGUAUGUACUGCUAGAAACGAACACUGAGCUGACGCCUUGUAACAAAGUAUCCGCGCGGCCCGAUUCUUUGACGUGGGAGAUCAUUCACUGAGCAGAUUUAACAUGCCAUAAGCUAAUAAUGAAUGUUACAUCUGUGGCGAUAGAAGUAGUCGUCUGUGACAUAAUCGGACUCCCCGAUUACUGAUUCUCGCUUGUUCUUUGGAGUUAAAGUGAAAAAGCGACUGUACUUUCCAUACUCACUGUAUUAACCAUGUUGUGCACUCAGUGGUUUUUGUGGAGGCAUACUACUUUUUGGUGUGGGUACCAAGGCAUUAUGUUGAUAGAUGAUUGACUUCAGUAGCACAACAAAAUAAACACAGGAUAUUUGGUAACAACGACAGAUUGUGAGUCAUUUAUUAGUUCCCCCCUGUUGUAGGAAGAAGGCCACUUUAUCUGACCUUGUAGUCUUAGUACAACUGUGUUCGCUGCGUGUAAGCCAUCCUGUUGUGUAGGGGCAGUGGGCAGCUGCAACGCCUG